CUAUAAAGAAUUCCAAAUGUAUUUUUCUAAACAUUAUAAUAAUAUCGCAGUAGAAUAUAAUUAUAAUCUUUUAGUAGAGUAUAAUAAUAAUUCUGGAGAAGAUCAUGAUGAGAACUCUAUGAAUAACCAAAGCUUUUAUACAGAAUCAUUACAAGAAAGUAUAGAAUUACUAAAUACUAUUUAUGAUGAUAAUAUUUAUAUUAAAGCUGAAGAUACUUUUUUUCUUAAGAAAUUGUGA